AUGGCGGAGACCAAGCGGCCUGACAGCUGCCAUGCAACACGGCAGUGCUCCUUGAUCAGCCUGGAGCAAAUCCUCACUGACUUCUGGCUCAGAAUAGAGCUCAAGCUUCGGCAGAGGACACAGACAAUGCUGGCCACAAGCUGCACACCCCGCUGUCCACCGCCCGACCUACAGCAAAGGCCAACAGCCCUGCUGCAGCCCAGAAAGGCGGGAAGGAGAACCAAACUGCCAUCUUACCGGCACAGAAUGGCGAAACUAAAAAUGCCGCCGAAACCAAGAGCUUGUACACCAAGAACACCAUCCAUCCUGAGAACAGCCAUAUCCCGGCUCAAAGACCCACCUCAACAACUCCCAUCACGCCCAGAGAUCUACCGCAUCGAAACACCACCGCAUGGGAACCCAUGGCGGGCUGCUGCACAACCCCAACGAGGAAUCGGAUGA